UGUGUUUAUUGACAAAAAAACCUAAAACAUCCUAAAAAUAUCCGUUUUUGUGGGAAAAUUAUUAAAGAUGCGAUAUUAGUCCUAUGCUAUUAUUUGUACAAAUUUUAAUAUUUAACAAAGUUUGCCUUAACGUUGAAGAUCGGCGAGACUUGAAAGACGCAAUAAAAUUACACCGAUUUUGCGAACACAAUGCGUUCCUCUAAUACAAGAAACCGGGAAGCGGCUUAUUUUGGAAAUAAAAACUGAUUCGAGCUACUUGCGAUGAAUUUUCCCUGCCCAGCGACGAUUUUUCGAAAGCAAUCUUGUUAAUUCGAUGGAGGAAAUUUUCUAAAACUGUCAGAAACACACAGCAUUAAAAUCCGAAGCAUUUGGUUGUGUCGCGCCGUUGCUCGACCUUAUCUGGCGCAGUCGGUAUCGAAGUCGGGUACCGUCGCGACGCUAGACCUCGGGACGCCCGGCGUCGUCCUGGAAGCGUACCCGGUCGAACGGCUCCCGCCCCGACAUUCUAUUCGCCUCGCGUUUCGACGCAAAUGGUGGGGGGCGCGACGUCGCGACGCGUCUUUCCCGGCGCUCAGUCAGUGGACGGCGGCAGUAUGUGGAGGUGGCUGCUCUUUGUGGCGCUGGUGGCGGCCAAGCGAGCUCCAACGACCACUCACCACCAGGACCAGUCCGUCAUCGAGGAGGUCAACGCGAAACAGCUCGACAGACUUCUCCAGGACAAGGGCUACGUCGCCGUGUUCUGGUACACGAGAAGCUGCACGACCUGCGACAAAGUCUUGGCGGAGUUGGAGCAGAUAGACGAUGAUACCGACUCCUUCGGCGUGGACUUCGUGAAGAUAAACGACAAGCGAGUAGCCAAACAGUAUGGCAUCAACAAGUUUCCCGCCCUUACUUACUUCAGGGAGAAGCAGCCGAUCAUCUAUGAAGGUGACUUGAUGGACGAAGAGAAUGUUCUGGAUUUCUUGACGAGUUUGGAGGCGAUGGACUUGCCCGAUCGGAUCGAGGAAGUAAACGCCAGGAUUUUGGAGAAGAUCGUGCAAGAGACAGACUUCGUCGCGGUGUUGUUCUGUCCGGACGUGGACACAUGCUCCAAAGCGGCUGCUAAUAAACCGGAAUGCAAAAAGUGUUCGAAAGUCCUAUUGGAAUUGGAGAACAUCGACGACGAGGCCGACCAACUGGGCAUCGGUUUCGUCAAAAUCAACGAUGAGAGUCUUGCAGACGAAUACAACUUAUCCCCCCUGCCAGCCCUUGUUUACUACCGACACCAAAUCCCUAUCAUCUACGAAGGCGACCUAACGAAAGAGGAAGACGUGUUGGAGUGGUUAGUCCAGCACAAGAGCACCGGCGACGAAGACGACAUCAUCGAAGACGUCACACUAAAAACCCUCGGCACUUUAAUCAGUAGCGUCGAUCACCUUGCCGUCCUUUUCUACGAUCACGGUGAUGAAGAGUCUAUGUCGGCUCUGGAAGAGCUCGAGCACAUCGAUGAUGACUGCGACAAAUACGGUAUCCAGUUCGUCAAGAUCGAUGAUCCCAACGCUGCCGAAGAAUACGGGUUGGACAGCCUGCCUUCCGUCGUCUACUUCGAAAAAGGCAUCCCAAACGUGUACGACGGGAACCUGGAGGAGGAGGACGAGUUUCUGGAGUGGCUCGUCGAGCAGCUGGAGAAGGACGAGAUCGAAGAUGUCACGGACGAGAUGCUGGAUAAACUCAUAGCGGAAGGGAAAAAUUUAGCUGUGUUGUUCUACGACGACGACGACAAGAAGUCUCAGAAGGUGCUCAAUGAGUUGGAGAACAUCGACGAUGAGUGCGACAAGCUCGGUAUCGUUUUCGUCAAAAUAGAUAACGAUGACGAAGCUAAAGAGUACGGCAUAGAGAAGAUCCCAUCGCUCGUCUACUUCGAGAAAGGUAUUCCUACUCUGUACGAAGGCAAUCUCGAGGACGAGGACAAGGUGCUCAAGUGGCUCGAGUAUCAGCUCAAGAGUGACGAGAUCGAAGAGGUCACCGACGAAAUGCUGGACAUGCUCAUCGCCAAGAGGCCUCACGUCGCGGUGCUCUUCUAUGAUAAAGACCAAAAGAAGAGUCAGAAGAUCCUCGCCGAGUUGGAGAAUAUCGACGACGAGUGCGACGAGAACAAUAUCGUUUUCGUCAAGAUCGACAACGAUGCCGAAGCCAAGGAAUACGGCAUCGACAACAUUCCCAGCUUGGUAUUCUUCGAGAAGCGCAUCCCCCAUCUGUACGAGGGCGAUCUGAUAAAGGAAGACGAGCUGCUUGGCUGGCUCAUACACCAGAAGAAACACAGCGAAAUACCCGACAUAACCGACGAGAUGAUGGACCUGCUGAUCGACUCGCAGAAAUACCUGGCGGUGUUGUUUUACGACAAAGACGACAAACAGGACAUCAGGGUAUUGAACGAACUGGAAAACAUCGACGACGACUUGGAGAAAGAGGGGAUCGUUAUAGUGAGGAUCGACAACGACGCCGAAGCUAAAGAAUUCGGUAUCGACCACCUCCCCACUCUCGUCUAUUUCGAAGACAAAAUUCCGUCGAUUUACGAGGGGGAUUUGAUGAACGAGGACGAGGUGCUCAAGUGGCUGAUCGAACAGAAGCAAACGGCCACCAUCGAGGAAGUCACCGACGAAAUUAUCGAGGACCUGAUCCAGGAGCACGAGUACGUGGUCGUAUACUUUAGCGGCAACUGCGAGGAGGGCGAGAAGUGCGACGACAUAUUGGAAGAGCUGGAGAAUAUCGACGAUGAGCUGGACGAGACCGGCAUCAUCUUCGUGACCACUGAGGAUACGGCGUUCGCCAAGAAGCAGGGGAUCAAAACGUUCCCCAAACUGGUGUUCUUUAGGAAUAAGGAACCGUUGGUGUACCAAGGGGAUAUCGAAGACGAGGACGAAGUUUUGGCCUGGUUAACCGACGAAGACACCCUGGAAAUUCCGGAUAAGAUCGAGGAAGUCAACGUCAAGAUGUUGGACAAGAUUUUGGCGGAGAAUGAACACGUCGUCGUUUACUUCUACAAGGAGGGCGACAAAAAAUCGCAAAAGAUUCUGCAGGAGUUGGAGAAUAUCGACGACGAGUGCGAGGACAAAGACAUCGACUUCGUGAAGAUAUCCGACGAGGGUAUACAGCAGGAGUACGACUUGUCCGUCCUGCCGGCGGUCGUCUUCUACAGGAACCGCUUCAGGGAGAUUUACGAAGGCGAUCUGAUGCACGAGGAAGCCAUAUUGGAGUGGGUCUUAAACCUGAGGGAUGCCGCCCCCGAUGUGAUCGAGAAUGUGGACAGGAAAACCCUGCAGGUUCUCAUCAACGACGUCGAACAUUUGGCGGUCCUGUUUUACACGGACGAUUGCGACGAGUGCGACGAAGUCCUGGAGGAGUUGGAGACUAUCGACGACGAUACCGACAAGCAGGGCAUACAGUUCGUCAAGUCGAAGGACCAAAAACUGGCCUCCGAGAUCGGCAUAUUCAGUUUCCCCGCUUUGGUGUACUACGAGACGGGAGUGCCCAUCAUGUUCGACGGAAACCUGCUCGACGUGAACGAGGUCUUGGAUUGGAUGGUGGAUCAGAAAAACGACGAGAGCAUCGAGGAGAUCAACAGGGAGUUGCUUUUCAAGUACAUCGACACCAAGGAAUUUCUGGCAGUCGUUUUCUAUAAAGAGGAGGACCCAGAAAGUCCACGUAUACUGAGGCACAUCGAGUUGAUAGACGACGAGGCGCUCGAGUACGGCAUCAAGAUCGUCAAGAUGAAAGACCGAUUGAUGGCGAAGAAGUACGGUUUCAGGAAUCCGCCGGGAGUGACGUACUUCCGUAAGGGGAAGCACAUCAACUACGACGGGGACAUCGACGACGAGGAAGAGUUGCUCGACUGGCUCACCGAUCCGGAAAACAUGGAGCUGACGGACCACAUCGAACGCGUCAACAGGAAGAUGUUCGACAAGAUCAGACAGAGGUCGGACUACGUCGCCGUUUUUUUGUACAGCAGCGAUUGCAAACAGUGUCCCCGGGUUCUGCUCGAAGUCGAGCACAUCGACGACGAGGCCGAUUCCGCCGGGAUUAACUUCGUCAAGGUCGACGACAAAUCGAUGGCGAAAGAGUUCGGGGUGUUCGCGUUGCCUGCCAUUUUGUUCUUCAAAUCGGGUUCGCGAGAGCCGGUGAUUUACGCGGGCGACCUCUACGACGAGCAACAGAUCUUGCAGUGGCUGAUGACGCAGAAAGAUCCGUCAGGUGACGUCAUCGAGGCCUCGGAAGGCGGCGAACUGUUGAAUCUGAUCGAGGACGAGGACGCGCUCGCGGUGUAUUUCUGGAACAAGACGCUCUGCGACCUGUGCAACGAAAUGGAAGAGCAGCACAGGAGCAGGAAGGGACAGAAGAAACAGGAAGAGAGCGUUCAGGAGGCCGCAGUCGUAGUAAACGGUACCGAUGAGUUUAAUGAACCCCCUCUAAACCCAGAUUUUGACAGCGACGACUGCGAGCAAUGCGCGCGCAUCCUAGAGGAACUCGAGAACAUCGACGACGACUGCGAACGACACGGUAUCAAGUUCGUCAAAACGCAAGACCUGAAAAUAGCGGAGAAAUACGGAGCGACCGAUUUCCCUGUGCUCAUGUACUUCGAGAAGGGAGUGGGGGGCGUGUUCGAGGGCGACCUUGAGGAGGAGGAAGAAGUACUCCAGUGGCUUAUCCAGCAAAGUACCGAGGAUCGUAUAGAGCUCAUCACGCGGGUCAUGCUCGAGUCGAUGGUAGAAGACACCCAGUACCUGGCUGUGUACUUUUACAAGCAGAACUGCCACAUAUGCGAGCAGAUACUGGAGGAACUCGAGCAGAUCGAUGACGAAUGCGACGUCUACGGCAUUCACCUGGUGCGAAUCCAGGAUCCCCAGCUGGCCAAAAGGUACAGCAUCAAAACGUUUCCUGCUCUGGUUUACUUUCGGAACGGCAACCCGCUACUGUUCGAGGGGGACUUGCAGAACGAACAGUCAGUUUUGGAAUGGCUCAUCGACGACGAUAAUAGAGAACUCGCCGACGAGAUAGAGUCAGUCAAUAAACGCAUGCUGACCAGGCUGCUGAGCGAGUCGCCAUUUUUGGCCGUUUUCUUUUAUGACGAAGACUGUCCUGAGUGCGACGAGAUCCUGGAGAACCUGGAGCAGAUCGAUGGCGAAGCGGACCUGUUCGGCAUAGAUUUCGUGAAAAUUUGUAGCGCGGAAGCUGCCGCGGAGCAAGGCUUGCACACCCUGCCCGCGUUGAUGUACUUCCGGAAGAAGAAACCGAUGGUGUACGACGGUGACCUGACGCAGGCGGACAGGGUGCUCGAUUGGCUCACCUCCCAGGACGUGUUCGAGAUCAAAAACGAAAUUGAGGAAGUCAACAAGAAGAUGCUCGAGAAGUUGUUGGAGGAGAACGAGUUCGUCACCGUGUUUUUCUACGAGUUGAACUCGGAGGAAAGUAGACAUAUCAUGGACAAGCUGGAGAACAUCGAUCAGGAGACCGACAACUUCGACAUAACCUUCGUCAAGAUGGCGGACGCCCGCUACGCGCGUAAAUGGGGCGUUACCAACUUGCCCGCGAUCGUUUACUUCCGCAGGCGUUUCCCCAGCAUUUAUCGAGGCGAUUUACAUUCCGAACGUGACGUGCUCGAGUGGCUACGAAAGAACAGGUACAGGCAGCCGGAGUUGAACAUCUUUAUGUACGCGCUACUCGCGCUGAGCAUUGCCUUUGUGAUCUACACUGCGUUCUUGCUUCAGUGCUUCAAACCGCCGCCCACCGCGAUAGUGCCGCACAACAAACAGAGUUAGAAACGAGUGCGCGUGCCCAUCGAGAUCGUGCGUAAAACAGUUGCGGGUUAUCCGGACAAAAACGAUCGAACGGGAAGGCAAGUAGCGUCCUUUAUUAAUAGACUGGUCGUCGAGAGUCGCGGAACCUUCGACAGGGCGGGUGCGCACAACGCCGGUUUUGUUGUUUUUCUCCUUUUCAAGUAACUUUCGCGUUUUCUUUUUUAUCGAUGUUAAAAUCUUGGACCAAAUUGCGGUGUUCGACAGCAUUCCCGACGGAACUGACGUAACGAUUCACAUUUUUCACCCACACUUAAAUCGGAACAUCGGCAUAAAUUCAAAAUGUACCAUUAUGUAAAUACUCUUGUAAAUAAAAUAUUAUCCAUCGAAACUCGUC